AUGGAGCUUCGACCUCGCAAAAAGGCUAUUGAUACAUCGAACCAAGGUUUGAAUCUGGAGGAAGAACUUGAUGAAGAAGAACAGUAUGUUGUGUCUUCUUCAGAUAAUGAUUCAACCGACUCUGAGUUUCAAGGUAUUAAAAGGAAAAUCAACCAUUUGAUCAGAGAGAAAGGCAAGCUCUUGUGGGAGAUUUGGGAAAAAGAAGACGAGAGAUGGGUUGAUGAACACAUGACAGAUGAUGUUGACUUGGAUCAGCACAGCGCAAUCAUUGCUGAAACCGCCGAGCCGCCUCCUGAUUUAAUCAUGCCACUGCUUAAGUACCAAAAGGAGUUUCUAGCAUGGGCGUCAAAACAAGAACAAACAGUCUUAGGAGGUAUUCUAGCAGAUGAGAUGGGGAUGGGGAAAACCAUACAAGCCAUCUCACUAGUUCUUGCACAACGUGAAGUUGACAGAGCUAGAUCCAAAAAAGCAGCUGGUUGCACACUUGUGCUUUGUCCUCUCGUCGCUGUUUCUCAGUGGUUAAGUGAGAUAGAUCGGUUUACAUCUCCCAGAAGCACUAAGGUGCUUGUGUACCAUGGGGCUAAGAGAGAGAAGAAUGGUAAUAAUUUCAAGAAGUAUGACUUUGUGUUGACGACUUACUCCACGGUUGAGAGUGAAUUCAGGAAGUGUAUGAUGCCGAGAAAGAAGCAAUGUGAAUAUUGCAGCAGAUGGUUUUUACCAAACAAGCUUAUGAUCCAUCAUGUGAAUUUUUGUGGGCCAUCAAGAAUGGAAGCAGCCGAGGCUGAAGAGGGUAGCAAUGUGAAGCGGUCUAGGAAGAAGAGUAAACAAACAUUAGAGGAACAGGUUCAGGUGGAUAGAAAGAAGUCUGUUUUGCACUCUGUUAAAUGGAACCGGGUGAUUUUGGAUGAGGCUCAUUACAUCAAAGAAAGACGUAGCAACACUGCUAGAGCUGUUUUUGCAUUGGAGGCUACUUACAGAUGGGCUUUGAGUGGUACUCCUCUCCAGAAUCGUGUUGGAGAGCUUUACUCUCUGAUUCGCUUCCUGCAGAUUAGUCCAUACUCGUAUUACUUCUGCAAGGACUGUGACUGUAGCAUUCUUGACUACACUACGCAUGCAGAUUGUCACAGCUGUCCUCAUAAUGCAGUGCGGCAUUUCUGUUGGUGGAAUAAGAAUGUGGCUAGUCCAAUAACAGAGCCUUCUCUUGAAAACGAGCAACGGAGUAAGAGGGCCAUGAUAUUGCUAAAACACAAAGUUCUGAAGGACAUCCUCCUAAGACGUACUAAACUGGGACGUGCAGCUGAUCUUGCGCUUCCUCCUAGAAUCGUCACUCUGAGGCGGGAUUCACUAGAUGUAAAAGAGUCUGAUUACUAUGAAUCACUAUACCAAAACAGUAAAGCUCAAUUCAAUACGUAUAUUGAGGCUGGGACAUUGAUGAAUAACUUUGCUCAUAUAUUUGAUCUUCUCACCCGUCUGAGACAGGCUGUUGAUCAUCCAUACCUUGUGGUGUAUUCACCUUCUAGAGGUGCUAAUGCUAACUUGAAUGAUGAGAACAAAAAGGAGCAGGAAUGUGGUCUCUGCCAUGAACCGGCUGAGGACAAUGUUGUGACUUCUUGUGAACAUGUGUUCUGUAAAGCUUGUUUGAUUGAUUACGCUGCAUCACUGGGGAAAUUCAGCUGUCCAACAUGCUCAACAGUACUGACUAUGGAUUGGACUGCCAAAGCUGGUAUAGAGCAGCAGGUAAACAAGACAACAAUUAAAGGAUUUAGAGCCUCAAGUAUUUUAAAUCGGAUCAAGCUCGAAGAUUUUCAGACAAGUACAAAGAUAGAGGCUUUGAGGGAAGAAAUAAGGCUUAUGAUCGAAAGAGAUGGGUCUGCUAAAGCAAUAGUAUUCAGCCAGUUCACAUCAUUCUUGGAUCUGAUAAACUACACCCUUGGGAAGUGUGGGGUUGGUUGCACCCAGCUGGUGGGAAGCAUGUCCAUGGCAGCUAGAGAUGUUGCUAUCAAUAAAUUCAGAGAAGAUCCGAAUUGCAAAAUUUUCUUGAUGAGUUUGAAAGCUGGAGGGGUUGCUCUCAACUUAACAGUCGCUUCACAUGUGUUCAUGAUGGACCCAUGGUGGAACCCAGCGGUUGAGAGGCAAGCACAAGACAGAAUACAUAGGAUCGGACAGUACAAGCCAAUCAGGGUUGUGAGAUUCAUAAUAGAGAACACUGUGGAGGAAAAGAUUUUGAAGCUACAAAACAAGAAGGACCUUGUGUUUGAAGGGACUGUUGGUGGAUCUCAGGAGGCCAUAGGAAAGUUGACAGCGGAAGACAUGAGGUUUCUGUUUACAACCUAA